UCGUUCAAGAUGGCGGCGCCAGGAGAAGGUCGAGUCUGGCCAAACACAAAAGAUUCUUAUGAGUUACAAGAAGUUAUCGGUUAUGGUGCAACAGCUGUUGUUCAGGCGGCYCUCUGUACGUCAAGGAACGAAAGAGUUGCCAUCAAAAGAAUUGAUUUGGAAAAAUGUGGAGCAUCUAUUGAUGAAAUGAUGAAAGAGAUUCACACUAUGAGCCAGUGCUACCAUGAGAAUGUUGUAAAUUAUUAUACAUCAUUUGUAGUGAAGCAAGAGCUAUGGAUUAUAAUGCGUCUUCUGAAUGGAGGGUCCAUGCUGGAUAUCAUAAAACACAAGAAGAAAUCAGACCCUCARGGAUGUAGUGAUGGAGUUCUUGAAGAGGAAGUCAUUGCAACAGUUUUGAGAGAAGUUCUCAAGGGAUUGGAGUAUUUUCACAAGAAUGGUUUAAUUCACAGGGAUGUGAAAGCUGGUAACAUUCUUUUGGCUAUGGAUGGUUCUGUCCAACUUGCUGACUUUGGUGUAAGCUCAGCCAUCAGUGAUUAUGGAGACAGGACAAAACCCAAGAUGCGCAAGACAUUUGUUGGCACACCAUGUUGGAUGGCUCCUGAAGUAAUGGAACAGAUACAUGGCUAUGGCCAUAAAGCUGACAUGUGGAGCUUUGGUAUCACAGCCAUUGAGCUUGCUACAGGAACAGCUCCUUAUGCUAAAUUCCCAGCAAUGAAGGUUUUAAUGUUGACCCUUCAAAAUGACCCACCCACCAUGGAGACUGGCAGUGAAGGAGUUAGAGAAUACAAGAAGUACAGUAAAUCAUUCAAAAAACUGAUUGCAAGUUGCUUGAAUAAAGACCCAGCUUUAAGACCUGAUGCCACAGAACUUCUUAAAAAUCAAUUCUUCAAGAAAGGAAAGGACAAAGAUUAUUUGAAGACAAAUCUUAUUCCUCUUAUUAGACCAUUCAAUGAAAGGUCACAUAAGGUGAAGCGAGUACCAGGAUCCAGUGGUAGAUUGCACAGAACAGAAGAUGGAAACUGGGAGUGGUCAGAUGAAGAAACUCAUGAUGAUAAUCAGGGAGAGAGUUCAAAGAAAAGUACUGAAAGUGAAGAGAAAACAAAUAAGAAAAGCAAUAGCGUUCCAAAACCUCAAAGUCAACCUACUGCAACUCCUUCAGAGGAACAAGCCCCACAAGGGAAUGCUCCAACAARUUUGCAGCAAUCCAAGCUGGACUUGACUCUACGAUUAAGAAAUGAUAGAGGUGAAUUAAAUGAUAUUCGAUUUGACUUCUGUUAUGACAAAGAUACUGCAGAAGGGGUUUCACAGGAAUUAGUUUCUGCUGGUUUGAUUGACGGUAAAGAUUUGGUUGUGGUUGCUGCUAACCUUAAGAAAGUCCUUGAAAAUCCCCCCAGUAGUAAGAUCUUAGUAUUUGCUCUGAAGUCAUCUAACACACCMAAUCAGCCCCCAGAUGAAAAAGCACUUAUUGGUUUUGCUCAGUUAACAAUUCAUUAAUCAUGGAAGGCAUAAAUACUACAAGAAAUUGUCACCAGCAAUUUAUGAUUCACUGCAGUUUCUUCUAAUAAUUGACUAUUAAACAGAGAUCUGAUUUUUCCUUAUCCAAGGCAAUUAAUAGAUUCUUGGAUACUAAGAAUAAUUCCAGUGGGCAAYGAUAGAAACCAUAUGUGAUUAACUAAAUGAUGAAUGACAAAUAGGGUGCAGAAGCUAUUUUUCUAGCUUAGAAAGGUUAAGGUUGUAUAUUUUAAAGAGGUAAAUAUAUAUAAUACUCGAGGACUGAUUGGAA